CCGGUGGCGUUUCCUGUCAGUGUUUGUAAACUGAGAAAAAAUUGGAAGUGCGACAAGAAAUAAUAAUCUACAAAACUCUUAAAUAGAGAGGCUUUGUCCCCUGAUGAUUUGGGUGCGUGUGGUCUCUUCUGUUACCCCUCAUCCCGAGUGAAGCCCCCUCUGUUCCCCCAAACACACACGCAUUCAAACCACGGCGAUGACACACCAUUCCAACAACUCUGUUCGAGACCAUAUGAAAUGGGCUGGGUUGCUGGGCUGCGAGGCGGUGCUGUCCAGCAUGGCCCUGAUGCAAGCCAACAACAUCCCAGGCCAGAAGAGGAUGAUGUCAUCCUUGGGUCAAGGGCACAGAGCUAGUCCCGAGAGCCACCAAACCCACUCGCAGCACAGUCACAACCACCACGGACACCAGGUUCACCACGGACAAGCCCACCACAGCCACAUGGGCCAUUCUUCACCUGGGAGCUGUCCACCCCUGCUGAUCCGAAAAGACGGUGACUAUCAUUCAUCAAGAAUGAUGGAUGGAAAGGACAUGCAGGCAAACCAGAAUAUGCAUCCCAAGAAGAAGCACAAAAAAUCAGGGUCAUCCAACAAAGUGAAAGAGAAAGUGGAGCAUUUACUUCCACAGAUCGAUAUGGAUGAUGACAGUUCUCUGAAAGUCCAGAAGAACUUCAUCUGUGACCACUGCUAUGGAGCUUUCCGGAGUAGCUACCACCUCAAGCGGCAUAUACUUACACAUACAGGAGAAAAGCCAUUUGCCUGCGAUGCGUGUGAUAUGCGGUUUAUUCAGCGUUACCACCUGGACAGACACAAGAGGGUGCACAGCGGAGAGAAGCCGUACCAGUGUGAUCGCUGCCAUCAGAAUUUCUCACGGACAGACAGGCUGCUGAGACACCGACGGCUAUGUACAGUUGGGAUAAACAAAGAGGAGAGCCAGUACUCGCAGGACGCAUCUGCCCAUCCAGCUUCCUGGAGUCCCCUACAGCCUUCCAGCAACCGUCUGACUGUCUGACCCUCAGCUUCCCACAGACACCCUACAGACAACAGCAGUUUGCAGCUCAGUAACGUCGCACAUCGGAGCUCAACAGUACUGUAACCUGAAAACAACCCAGCUUAAACACAACCAAACUUCAGUUUGCUCUCGCCCAGCUCAUUCAUAGAGCUUGAUAAUGGAUUUUUGUACUUUUUUUUAAUCUAUUGUUACAUUCACGAUACAGGCAAAAGAUGAAGAACUAAUACACGAUCUUGGAUUAUGGUAUUAUGGCAAUAACUGAAUGAAAAACCCACACUUCUCCUUUUAUCUUAAAAGUUGCAGGUAUUGUUUGGUAUUGCUGCCAAUGGAUUGCAAGUAUUUUUGACUACACUGACCGUCAGUGUAUCGUGCAGCACCUCUUAGGUAACCUGCUGACCUGCAACCGCAGUGCUGCCCUCUACUACAUAUGGACAGCUCACUAAAGGACACAUACAGAACUGUGUAGCUUUUUAGUGUUCAAGUCCUAUUCAUUUUAUGUUCCUACUGCUACUAAUCAAGUACCAGCUACUGCUCAUAAGCAGAGAAAUCAAAGCAGACUUUUGGUCCAUGCUGCCUUGAGGUAGUAAUUAGCCACCUAUCCAAUACUGUAGAUGUUGUGUGCAUUAACAUAUCUGAAAUGACAUUAGAUGUACUUUUCGAUAACACUGAUGAACACAAAAGGGGCAUAUUACAAAGUAAAAUACAAACCAGUCAUCCAUUUUUAAUUAAUGUACAAUAUCGUGUUUUUUCCAACACUUAAAUGGAUCUAAAAUAAUUUCUUACUUGCUUUACGUCCAGCUGUAAAACUGAAAGAUUAACUGCAGGUGCCACCCUGUUGGUGAUGAUGAAAAACACUAAAGGUUAACUAGAUGCUCCCGAAAUGUUUUUCAACUAAUCUUGGCAUUAGUUAAGUCGUGUAGCGACUGCUGGCUCAAAUAUUCACUGUUCUACCUUGUUUUAAAGGGGUUUUGUCCUGAUUGUUAAUAGGUUACACUGUUGAAAUACAGUAGAAGGCUGUUUUGUAGGAAGACUUUUUUAAGCCCUUGACAAAGUUAGUGAGUUAUUUUAUAAUGCUAACUGGAUGUAGGACUCAUCUGCCUGUUGCAAAAAUUUGGUGUUUCCUGAAGUGCUUCUGUAAACCCCCCAUAUAAAUUAAUUGUGUUUACUGUCGUUGUUCCUAGAAACCACUGUCAGUCUUAUUUUUUCCUGCUCAGCAUUUUUAGAUCCUUAUGACUUUGAAAGACUUCCGUCCUUUCAAACGUAUUUUGGUAAGUGAGGCUGUGUCAGCAUAUUAUCUGAAAUCCUGAGGUUUGACCUGAAAAUUCCUGCAGGUACAUUAGCCGGUGAAAUCUCAUCAUAACUGAGGAUAAUAUGUUUGCACACAGUUGGAUUAAAACUAGUCCUGCGUCUAGACUUUUUUUUACUGGACGUACUGUAGACAUUUUCUUUGUGCUGGCUAGUUUUUGGAGUGCUCUUGAUAACAGCCCCGAUUCAAACAGUUCAACGUAUCAUUUGGCUUAUCCAUAGAUUUUAAGAGCUCACCUCCGUCUUGACCUGACUGAAUGUGAUCUGAAUACAGUGCCAUGUCAUUUCAUCUCCAGUUUAACCUGGAGCAUCUUCAGUGAAGGUGACUAAUUGUACCUAGUGGACGGGGGGAAUAAAAGGUCCAUGUGGUGUUUUCUAUGAUGAUAGAGCCUACAUUAUAUUAUGUUCAGGCCUCUAUGAUUAAAUCAGACUGUAAACACUGGACUGAAGAUGUUAGCUCAGUUGUAGAGGAUUGUAUUGUCGACUGGUACGUCUGUUGCUGUCAAACCUUUUAGAUUAUGUGAAAGGAGUUUGGGGCCCAUCACUCAAUUGUCUACUUUUUAUGAAGUUAAUAUAUAUUUAAAUUGUAUUAGGGGUAGAAAAUAGUAUGUAUGGGACCUACACUCCAAAGGAAAAUCAAAGUAUUUAAGAAGUUAUAAUCCUUAGUCUGAUGAUUUCAUAUGAGAACUGAAAAAGCCCUUAGCAAGUCAUCCUUCAACUUGCUAUUAGGGGUAAAAGUAAAAGCAGCCACUCUCGUCCUUUUAGUAUAGCAGCCAUGAUUAGUCAGGAUUUUUUUCUUUUGCAUGUAUUUGUUGGAGGAUCUUGUAUACGUUUUGUUUUGGUAAAGAGAUUUCUUUUUAAUGUGAGCCCCAUGUUUGUUUUUUAUCAUUUCAGGGGUGAAGUGAAAUCAAUUUUGACUCAGUAAGUCAUACUGUAGUAUGGAGUUUGUAAUGGAGUUUUAGGGCCCCUAGUCUCAAUAAAGCUGUUACACUUUUUAAACAAA